GACAUCGCGGAACAUCAAUUCCAUCCACAAACAUCGAUGCCACAAACGAAUUCUCAUCUUCUAACGCUCGAUGUUCACUUCACCUGAUAAUUCACGUCGCUGGACCCAUUUCUCGAAAUGACCAGCCUCAAGCGCAAAGCCGAAGAGCAGCUGACGAGGAGCUCCGUUGCCGUCAUCGAGCCUAUCCAAGCACCCAUGGCCAUGUUUGAUCUCUCCUUAAACCUUGUUAAGGCUUGGAAGUGGUGGACGGACCUGUUCCAAGGCUUCUUUCAGCCCCCUCCUACAUACUCGACCAUGACUUAUGAAACGGUGGAUGUCGUUGCAGCCAAAGGCCACGUACAAUCUGCUGAGCCUAGAGCCGACGGCGAGACCACGUUGAAGCGCCAGAAGACACGGCGACCCAAGCAAACGGCGACCAGAUCCAAGUCUGAGGUUGAUACACGCCGAAAAGGUGGCCGGGGAACAUUGGACUUCGAGGGAAUUGACGGCCACAGGGAGCUUCGCCAGCAUAUCGAUGAUUUCUGGUCUCCUCCAAGUCUAGACUCUUACUUCAAAAAACCGGGAGCGAUUCGAGCACCAGUAGUUGCAAGAACACCAGAAGCAUCAGUGGAAGAGGGUGGGAAUCAAAGUAUAUUACAUCGACGGCACUCUGAUCCGUCACAGUCGCCAAGCGCUCCAGAAUCAUUGGAGUCAAUACCAGGCCAGAUCCCAAAUCAUGGCCGAUAUGCCUUUCGAACUUCGUCGGCGCGGCGUCCACGAACACCGGACUCGCUGCCGCGGGGGGGGUUUCGGUCUCUAGAGCCCACGGAAAACAUGAGUAUUGAGCAGCGAAUGACCGACUUGCUUCUUGAUAAGCACGAUUUACCCACUUCAUCACUCGGGGGUUCAAUUCGGGAUGAGAAAGCACAGGAACAUAAACGCCAGGCACUAGAAGCUGCUUUGCGCAGAGCAAAAGAGCGUCGACUAAAUCGUCGAAGCCCGUUAAGGCCGCUUAUUCAACCCCUGGAUACGAAGUGGGAUUUCUUGGUCUACGAGGCGGAAGCUAUGAACAAUCAGCACCAAGUCAUCACCAAAUCUAUGGAAGGAACCGAACUUCGGCUGAAAGACUUCCGAACUCUACUGGGCCGCCAUGCCUGGCUGAAUGAUGAAAUUAUCAACUCGUAUGUUGAAUGGAUUGUGCAGGCAGCCAACGACGAUGCAGCUGCGAAGGGGCAAGAGUUCGGCGAACCAGCCAGCACUGUUCCCAAAUUCAUAGCACACAACAGUUUCUUCUACGAAAACUUGAGGAAAAAGGGCCCGCAGGGCACAGACCGCCUUAUGAAGAGGAAAAAGGCACCGGGAGAGAAGUUACUGGAGGUGGAUUCGGUCUUUGUUCCCAUCUGCCAGGGAAGUCAUUGGACAAUGGGCGUUGUUCGGCCUGUUGCCAAGACCAUUGAAUAUUUUGAUAGCAUGGGAGGUAGGCCACAGACUUUCAUCUCCCAGAUGCGUGCUUGGCUCCAGCACCAGCUUGGGGGGUUAUAUCAUGCGGAGGAGUGGACCGAACCCAGGACGGCAUGUGCUCGACAGACCAACGGUUAUGAUUGCGGCGUGUUUGUGUGCACGAAUGCUCUUUGUGUUGCUGUGGGAAUUGACACUUCGUGUUACGAGGAACGGGAUAUGGAACUACAACGGAGGAACAUCGCAGCGGUGUUGCUCAACCGAGGCUUUACAGGGGACUUUGCAUGGGAUAAAUGGGGUCUGCUUUAUUAGGAGGAGUAUAGCAUUCUGGCGGCGUUUGGGGCUAUGGCGCGCGUGGAAAGAUACCUAUUUGUUUACCGCGUAAUGCGGGUUUUGUACUACUGCAUCAGAAAGGGAGAAGCAUGCUGCUCUCUGAUGUGAAGACCUGGAGAGGGGCACAAUGAAAUCUCAAUGAUAUGCUCAUGAAUUGAAGAUUUACUCGAGUACCAUCCUUACUCCAUACAAUCUCU